AUGACGCUGCUCACGACUAACUUAGGGCCCAUUGAACGCACGCGACCAUGUCCUCAGCUUCAUCUGCAACUUCUAUGCCAUCUUUCCAGGUCAUUUCAUCCCUUCGAUACGACCCCGACCUUCCGAAGGGGACCCUCUCGCAAUGCGGACACCGAUAGCUAUCCAGCCCCAGCGCAGUCGCCCUACUACCUCCUACCCUACCACCGAGACCGGCUCAUAAGUGCAGCCCAUCAUUUUAAAUGGGCCAGCGCCCUAGACUUUCUACAACAAGAUUUGGAAAGCUUUGAGGAAUUUCUCGAUGCCUCCAUACCGGAUAGGGACAAGCCUUGGCGGUUGAGAAUCGUCGUGGAUUGCAAUGGCACUGCCUCGGUCGAUGUCAAUCCUACUGCAGCCAUUGACCCGUUGAACUUAUUGAUUCCUUCUCCCUACACGGAUACACAAUCGACCAUCUGGCAGGUGUAUGUGGAUUCACAGUCUAUAACCCCAUCUGGCUUCACGACCCAUAAGACCACCGCUCGGGACGAGUAUACGGCUGCUCGAAUGAGGGCGGGAAUCAGCUCUCCAAUGGAAACGUCAGAGGUCCUAGUAGUCAAUCCAGAUGGAGAGAUUAUGGAAGGGAGCAUUUCGACUCCGUUUUUUCGACGUCGAAACAUCUUGAAAAACGCAGAUAAGCCCGGGCCGGUUUGGAUGACACCACCAUUGACCAGCGGAGGAAAUGCAGGCACAACUAGAAGAUAUGCAUUGACUCACGGCUUCUGCGUGGAGGAAGUGAUCACCCGGGCAGACCUGGUCGACGGCGAAGAGUGUUGGCUCAGCAAUGGAGUGCGCGGAUUCAUGCACGGCGUGGUUGUUUUGAGUCAAUAA